AUCAUCUCGCUGGCGCGCUUGCGCGACCUACUCCACUGGCUGACGUGAGCAGCGGCGUCGCGCUGCCGUCCGCGCACCCAAGAGCGCUCGGCGGUUACGAUGCGGCCGAUGCGGGGCUAGCGAGACCGUUACGAGAUGCCGCAGUCCAGGUAACCGGCUUCGCCCGAAACACGCACACGGAAUCCCAGCGCCCGAUUGCCGCAGCGCGGCCUCCCGAACCCGCUGAGGGAAGGCCGAAAAAUAGGGAAGAAGGCGGCCGCGGUUCCCAGCGCCCCUAGGCCUCGCGCCCCCGAGUCAAUGAGUGCCGCAGACACGGGGGUGCUGCGACGGGCCGCGCCGAGUCCCUAAUUGCGCGUGGGGUCUCCAGCAUGCUCGAGCCGUCCUCGUCCGAGGAGGAAGGCGGCAGCGACAACGAGACGGUCGAAGAUGAGAGCUCGGAGGCGACGAUCCUGUCGUCGUCCGUGGCGGCGGCUGCGGCGGCCAGCGGCAGCGGCGGCGGCAGCAGCCUGGAGCUUCCCCGCAGCGUGAGCGUGACGCGGAGCUUGUCCCCCUCGGUGGCGGGCGAGACGCUAAGCGUGGCCAGCGGCGUGUCCCAGUCGCGCUCAAACAGCCUGGCCAGGCCGUCGAGUCCGAGCCCGUCGCUGGUGAGCGAGAAGGACGACGCGGACCGGGCCGAACGCGAGGAAGAGGAGCGCAAGAAGAGGCUCCAGCUGUACGUGUUCGUGCUGCGCACCAUCGCGUACCCGUUCAACGCAAAGCAGCCGACAGACAUGACGCGUCGCCAGACCAAGAUCACAAAGCAGCAGCUGGACACCAUUCAGGCGAGGUUCCAGGCGUUCCUGAAGGGGGAGACGCAGAUAGCGGCGGAUGAGGCCUUCCAGAAAGCAGUACAGAGCUACCAGGAGGUGUUUCUCCGGAGCGACCGCGUGCAGCGGAUGGUGGCCAGCGGGGCGUGCUCGGGCCACGACUUCCGCGAGGUGUUCCGCAACAACGUGGACAAGCGGGUCCGCAGCCUGCCGGAGAUCGACGGCCUCAGCAAGGAGACGGUGCUUAGUUCCUGGAUGACCAAGUUCGACGCCAUCUUCCGCGGCGACGAGGACACGCGACGCUCGAGUCAGCACCCGGGGGGCGGUCGCAACGCCCACGGGGCGCUCCUGCCCCACUCGGAGCUGCUGCUCAGCAAGGAGCAGCUCUACGACAUGUUCCAGGGGGUGCUCGGGGUCAAGAAGUUCGAGCACCAGCUGCUCUACAACGCCCUACAGUUGGAUUCAGCGGACGAACAGGCGGCCGCAAUCCGCAGGGAGCUCGACGGGAGAGUGCAAAAGGUCAACGAGAUGGAAAAGAACCGCAAGUUGAUGCCCAAGUUUGUGCUGAAGGAGAUGGAGAGCCUGCAUGUGGAGGAGCUUCGUUCCUCCAUCAACCAGCUGAUGGUGAAUCUGGAGAGCCUGCCGGUGUCCAAGGGCAGUGCAGAGAGCAAGUACGGCCUGCAGAAGCUCAAGCGAUACAACCACAGUCGGCAAAGUUUACAGUUAGCAAUCACGAGCCAGGCCGGACAGCUGCGCAAUGGUCUGACCAAGUACCUGCAAGCUCCCCUCUGGAUUGUGGUCUACGAUGCUGUGCUGCUUGCAUGCGCCGCGACGAGCCAGGCCUCUCUGUCUAAGGAAGGUCUCUCUGAGGACACCGAGACGACCUUGUCUAAACUGGACAUCGUCUUGUCCUUCACACUGGAGGUGGUUGUGAUGGAGGUGAAGGGGCUCAAGUCGCUGGCACCGAACCGCAUCGUCUACUGCACCAUGGAAGUGGAAGGCGGAGAGAAGUUGCAGACGGACCACGCCGAGGCCUCCAAGCCCAUGUGGGACACCCAGGGGGACUUCUCCACGGCUCAGCCCCUGCCUUUGGUCAAGGUGAAGCUGUACACGGAGAGCCCGGGGUUGCUGAGUCUGGACGACAAGGAGCUGGGCAAGGUGCUGCUCCGGCCGAGUCCGCUCAGCUCCAAGGCUCCCGAGUGGUUCCGCAUGGUGGUACCCAAGAACGCUCCCGAUCAGGACCUGCGGAUCAAGAUCGUCGUCCGCAUGGACAAGCCACAGAACAUGAAGCACUGCGGGUACUUGUACGCCCAAGGCAAGCAAGUAUGGAAGAAGUGGAAGAAGCGCUACUUCGUACUUGUCCAAGUAUCGCAGUACACAUUUGCCAUGUGCAGCUUCAGGGAAAAGACGUCUGUUCCAACUGAAUUGCUCCAGCUGGAUGGUUAUACCGUAGACUACACAGAGGCCAUGCCGGAGCUGGAGGGCGGGCGCUUCUUCUUCAAUGCGGUGAAGGAGGGCGACAGCGUGGCGUUUGCAAGCGAGGAUGAGAACGAGUGCCACCUGUGGGUGAUGGCCAUGUACCGGGCGACCGGGCAGAGCCACAAGCCCACGCCGCUGGUCCAACCGCUGGCCAGCAAGAACUCCACCAUCUCUCGCAUGCAAGGGGACACGGAGCGUGCCCGCAAGCACGGCAUGGACGAAUUCAUCUCGGCGGACCCAAACCGCUUCGACCACCACAUGCUGUUCCGCAUGCUGCAGACCCUGACGCUCGACUACAGGCUCAACGACCCCUACUGCUCCCUGGGCUGGUUCAGUCCGGGGCAGGUGUUUGCGCUGGACGAAUAUGCGGCCCGCUACUGCGUGCGGAGCUGCUUCCGGCACCUGUGCUACCUCCACGACCUGCUCAACCGGGCCGAGAAGGGGGUCAUGAUUGACCCCACCCUCAUCCACUACAGCUUCGCCUUCUGCUCCUCCCAUGUCCACGGAAACAGUAUCGCCCCGCCGGCCGGCCUGGUUGUUACAGAUGUGAGGCCGGAUGGGAUCGGCACGGUGACCGUCGAGGAGAAGGACAUGUUUGCUCAAGUCAAGGAGCGUCUGCGCAUCCUGCUUGAGCACCAGAUCACACACUUCAGAUACUGUUUUCCCUUUGGGAGGCCUGAAGGGGCCCUCAAGGCUACCCUGUCCCUGCUGGAAAGGGUGUUGAUGAAGGACGUGAUGACUCCGGCACCUCCCGAGGAGGUGCGUGCCAUCAUUAAAAAGUGCCUGGAGAAUGCGGCCCUCGUCAACUACACCCGCAUCUCCGAGCAGGCCAGGCUGCAGGGAGAUCAAGCUUCACAAGAACUUCAAGAUUCAAGCCUGGACAUCCAGACGUCGCCGGGCAAAAGGCUGGAGGAGUUGAUCCACCUGGCAGAACUCUGCGUGGACCUGCUGCAGCAGAACAAUGAGCACUACUCCGAGGCGUUUGCGUGGUUCAGCGACCUCCUAGUGGAGCAUGCGGAGAUCUUCUGGUCCCUGUUUGCAGUCGACAUGGACUCCGUUCUCGACGGACAGCCGCCCGACACCUGGGACAGCUUCCCUCUGCUGCAAGUGCUCAACGAUUACCUGCGCAUCGACGAGAACCUUUGCGGCGGCCGGUUCCACCAACACCUUCGUGACAAGUUUGCACCACAAGUGGUUCGCUACGUGGACCUCAUGGAGUCUUCCAUUCAUCAGUCGCUCCUCAAAGGCCUGGAGAAAGAGCGCUGGGAACUCAAAGGCAAUGGAUGCCCGUCGUCGGAGGAGCUGUUCUGGAAGCUGGACGCCUUGCAGUCUUUUAUCCGAGACUUGCACUGGCCGGACGAGGAGUUUGCCAAGCACCUAGAGCAGAGGCUCAAGAUCAUGGCUUGUGAAGACAUCGACAUAUGUAUCAGUAGGACACUGCAGGCGUUCCAGCAAUGGCAGAGGCGGGGGAGCAAGUGGACCAGCACAGACUACAUUGUGCCCUCCGAGAUGUGCGCCAUGAUCAACGUCGCCCUGGAGGCACGCACCCAAUCCCUCAAGCUCUGUACCGUCGACGGCGCAGACCUGCACCAGUGCCACAGCAGGAUUGAUAGCCUGGUGGAUGGCACCCUGCAAGAGAUGCAGGCUGGACUCAUUGGGAAGCUGACGAGCAUCCUGGAAGCAACAUUGGGCAAGCUGUCACGCUACGAUGAAGGAAGCCUUCUGGCUCCAAUCUUAUCACUCACAUAUCGGCAGGGCAUGUCCAGCUCCGGCAAGGAGGUGGGCCACACGUACGUCAACUUUGUCCGCAACAGCAUGGAGCAGCUUCGGCAGAAAGUCAGCGACGAGCUCUGGGUGCUUGCGCUCUUCGAGCAAUGGUAUGCGGCCCAGAUGAGCCUGCUGUGUUCCUGGCUCUCCGAGCGAUUGGACCAUGGACUGCACUCAUUCCAGUUGUCAGCAUUGCUGCACAUUGCUCGGAAGCUGUACUCGGACUUUGAGCUGCAAGGCAUUGAAGAGGAGAAGCUCAACUCCAAGGUUUACCAGACGGUCUGCAGCCGGCUUCAACUCGAAGAGGCUGCCGCCUCCGUCUCGGACAGCAGCCGGGAAAAGGAUGACUCAGAGGACUACCCGGAGACGGGCGUUGAGAGCGACGCCCGGCACAAGAUUGCUGCCGCCCUGCACGACAGUGGGGAAGGCGCCGAGGGCUACGUCACUCGCAUCCAGAACGUCACCCAGAACGUCACAGGACGCAUCUCGACGCUGGCACGUGGUGUCGGGGGCUUCGCCAACAAGUUUUCGGGCGGAUUCCUCAACUUCUAAGUUGUCCCCUCCCCCCUCCCUCUAACCAACCGUACUCCCCCCUCCCCCUCCGCUAACUUCCGAACACCGCAGACCUCGCGCCUGUCAUCGACAGUCUGCAGACGACGUUUGCUCACAUUAGCGCAUGCCUUCCACUUCUGCUGGCACCCGUCGAGCGAAGGUAGUGGCGUUGGCGCGGAGGCAAGCCCUAGCCGGCUGGCGUCCUGUUCGUUUGCCAAUGUCAUCGGCUAAUGCUUGCAAACGCCUCAACCGGGCAAGCUUGCCAGAGGAGCCCCCACACACCCCGAAUCUCCCCUCCGGAAGCCUCUGCCCCACUUAGGGAUACCCUAGAGGGGCCGCCCCCCCCACUUCGAAGGGAUUUUGGCACCCCUAGCACACCCGUGGCCACCCUAGCCUAGCGGCACCCGCGAGAGACUGACCUGCAGCAAGCACAAACCUAUGCAAGGCGGCAGCCGACCAGCGUCGGAUCGGCUCAGGUCAGACGGGCGCGGCUUCGGCCGGGCCUCUCUCUCCGCGGCUGCGUCGUCGCAGCUUGCUCUCGGUGGGCUCGCAAAGGAGACACACUCGUAAAUGCAGUCCUUAUACAUACACUAUAUCUGUAUAUUACGAAGGGAAAGAGAAAAAAAAAAAAACGAAAUCCAAACAACGAACGUUCUUUACUCGUUUUAACGUUUCAUAGUAGAGCAGCGGCAGUGUGUUUUUCGGUUUUUUCCCAGGUCGAAUGGUAUGUCGUCCCCCGCCCACACCCUCACCUCUCCUUCAAUACGUAUGCAUAAGGUAGAUAUUGCAUAUUUUACGAUACUAUCCGUGUCUAGGGCGCGAGAGAGCGGCCGCGCCGCUUGGCGUCUCUCUCUCUCCUCUGUGCUUAAACAGGAGGGGCUCGCCGCCCCCUUUCCCUCGUCGUCGUCUUCUCACCGACGUUGGGUGUGCAUCCUCCUGCAUUCCAUUGCACCGACGUGGAGCACACUGUUUGACACGUCUUCGUUAACUUCGCGCCGCGUCUCACUUUGUUUCUCUUCGAGGCUCUGCAACGUACGACCGGGCGAGCUACUUUCCGAGAUGGCUGGGGGCUGUUGCGACACGGUAUUGCGGUUGAGCGUUGCGGCGUAGAGCUCCAACGCAAUGUUGUGGUGCAUCUCUCCGGCGCGUUGCGGGAAGCCUCGGGGAGUUUGUGCGGGGGGACGGCAAGAACUCGACGUUGUAGCACCAGCUCGAAGCCGGUGCUCAGUCUGCGGACAACUGCAGGUGCCAUUUCCUUUAACUCGUUCCAUAACACAGAGCUUAGCUCGAGAUUACGCCAGAUAAGUGUAACACAAUACGAGGGAAAAAGAGUCGCACAUUAUUUCCGUUUAUUUUAACCGCCUCGGAAUAAAAAUUAAUCCAACACACGACUGAUAAGCCAUUAGGUCAGCCAGGCAUGCAUAGUAAUCAAGUAUGUUUCAACAACGACCGUUGUUUUAUUAGAAGACGAUUGCAACGUCGGCCACGAUGAGGUGGCAUCGUGAGAGCGCCCACAUUUUGAAAGACGCUUCUGACAAAGGUAGCUCUCUAACGUAACAAAAUCGAUCAAAUGUGUUGUAGCCCAUCGCCGGAGAAGCGGAAGAAACGAAAAGAGAAGGAAUUCAUGACAUACCCAUGUUUACGAAGAACAAAAUAAGGCUGCAAGUUGGACUACUUGGUUCUGAUGCAUACUGAGCUAUCACGCCAAAAACGCAAGGACAAAAAGUGAGAGGCAACGCGGGACAAGGCAUUGUGCUCUGUUGCCUCUCGCAUUUUGUACUUGUGUUUUUUGGUGUGAAACCUUUAGGACAGAAUCAGAAAUGGCACACCUCUUCCAUUUCCUGUCAGCAAAUUUCCUCCGGAAAUGGCCGCCACGGAGCCCGCGAGCCUUGCAGUCCCCCCGUCCGCGUUGUUGGCCCCUCAUUUUGCGCGUUUCGUGGUUGCAUGCAAGUGUGUGCCCCCUCCCGGGGAACAAGAGAGAUGGUUUCACAAGCAAAUAAGGGGCGUCUCUGCCGGUUCGGCGCCCUCUGUGGCAGGCACUGCCGCCUGGGCACACAUUGUACAUAGGCCUCGCCUCGGUUCCCUGUUUUGAUAUGGAACGCCGGCUCGCGCGUUUCCUUGCUCUGCCUUAACGAGAGGGGAGAGGCGGCGGCACUGCGUGUGGGCGCACGGUCGCCCGGGCCGUUCCUGAGUUGCGCUUGUUGCUAGCCUUUGCUUCCGGGCCCAGAACUCUUCUCAUGGCCGAGCAGAAUGUUUCUCGAGAGUUGCCCAGUCUCAUGUAACUUUCUAGAGAUGUGUGCACUAUAAAGGUCUCAAACCACA